AUGAAUCUGACCCAUAUACUGGAGCGUACCUGCUCCGAAAGUGAUUGCAGGUUUCAUGCAGCUGUUUUUACGGCUGCUAAUAAAGACCAAGUACUACAUUCUAUUCCCUAUGGCACUCAAAACGUCGAUGGGUCUGGGGAUGCUGUGACAGACAGAUCAAUGUUCUGGUGCGCAUCUAUGACUAAGAUCGUCACGGCUGUUGCUGUUAUGGUUGCCAUUGAAAAAGGGCUAGUAGGCUUGGAUGAUGAUGUCGGGGCCAUCUUACCGGAGCUGGCUGAGCCCGAGAUAAUUGUCGGGUUUGAAGAUGGUAAUAACGGGAAACCCAUUCUUCGUAAAGCAAAGGAAACGGUCACCUUGCGACGACUGUUAACUCACUCUAGUGGGUUCGUCUAUCUGGCUGUCAAUUCAUCAGUCAAGAGAUGGGCAGAGUAUCACAAUCACACAGCUACCACUGAUGUAACAUCCAGGGAAGCGUACCGCCUGCCUUUGGCUUUUGAGCCGGGAAAAUCCUGGGGCUAUGGUCCCGGAGUUGACUGGGCUGGCUGUGUAGUCGAAAAAAUUUCAAAUCAGAAGCUUGGGGAUUUCAUGCAAGAGAAUAUCUUUCAAAAACUCGGUAUCACGGCAACCACGUUCCAUCCUGAAAAUCACCCUGAGUUUAGCGCGAGGCGUGUUGAACUUUGUCAGAGAGCACCGGAUGGGAGCCUAUCCAUGAUUCCGAUUCCAUACACAAUCCCAGCGAAGGAUGAUUUGGGCGGUAUUGGCUUAUACUCGACGCCCAAGGAAUUUACUAGGUUCUUGCAAAUGAUACUUCGCAAUGGUGAGAACGUGUUGCGACCCGAAAGCGUAAACACAAUCCUUUCUCCGCAGCUCGAGUGUAAUAAAGAAAUCAACACAAUUCGAGAUCGUGGCUCAAAGAUCAUGAGUCGCCUUGUUAACCCGGGAAAGGUAAUUGAUAUGGGUCUGUCAGCAAGUAUCAACCUGGAUCGAGUCCCGAGUGCUCGUUAUCCAGGAUCUAUUUCCUGGGCUGGGGCUGCAAACGCCUUCUGGUGGUUGGAUAUGAAAGCUGGUAUCUGCGGUACCCUCUUUAUGCAUUCAUUUCCUCCUUUCGAUACUGCCGCAUUGGACUUACUGGAUGAACUUGAAGCUGCAGUAUACAAAAUUGAGGGCCUCUAG